CCUGGAGAGCGUGCGCGCCUAACAACAGCAUUAAAGUAUAGACAGGGCGAAUGCGCGUGUGGAUCUCAAUGUUAGUUUGAUACAGGAUCAAGAGUACUUCAUGCCUCCCGCUCUAAUCGUGUAUGCAUCAAGUGAUCUGUUGUUUCUCUAUAGGAACUGCUAAUCUGAUCCGCGUCUUUCUGUGGAAGCUGCAAUCGACGCACCUUUGACUGCUUUAAAACGGAGUUAACCAUGCCUGCCGAAAACAGCGACCAGGAGAGCAUGCUGAGCUAUCAGAGGCCUGAUGAGGAAGCUGUGGUGGACCAUGGUGGCACCAGCUCAGUUCUGAAUAUCCAUUAUGAGAAAGAAGAGCUUGAGGGUCACAGGACUCUGUUUGUGGGUGUGCGGAUGCCCAUGGGCAGACAGUCUCAUCAUCAUCACCGGCCACACAGUUCCAAACACCGCAGGAGAGCUGAGAGGACGCGGGCUGGAAGUGUAGCUCAAGAAGACAUGAACACAGAAAGUACCGCAACAUCACACGGUGAGAACGACAACAACAGUAACAAGUCGAGCAACGCUUGUAAGUUCAUUCACUGGGAGGUGAAUCUGGAGAAUUAUAUCUUGUUUUUGAAUGAAAAAGCCAUUCAGUUGUCGCCACCUACUGGCGUAACCUGCAGAGAGAGAGACGCUGAAAUCUGUGUUAAAGAUGGCAAAGACGCAGAGUGGAAGGAAACUGCUAGGUGGUUGAAGUUUGAGGAGGAUGUGGAAGAUGGAGGGGAAAGGUGGAGUAAGCCGUACGUAGCUACACUCUCUCUCCAUAGUCUGUUUGAGCUACGGAGCUGUAUCAUUAAUGGAACUGUCCUGUUGGACAUGAAGGCUAGCUGCAUUGAGGAAAUUGCAGAUUUGGUGCUUGACCAUCAGGAGGCAGCUCAUGAACUGGAUGACAGUGUGAGAAUGAAGGUUCGAGAGGCACUUCUGAAGAGGCAUCACCACCAGAGUGACAAGAAGAGGAACAACCUGCUGCCAAUGGUCAAAUCCCUCACUGACUCAGGCAGGAGACAGAGUGAACCUCAUCAUAUGGACAAGGCGGGUCCUGCUACUUCUCCCCAGCCUCUACCUACAAACCCAGAUAUAAAGAAUGGAGCACCGGAUAAUAGCCAGAUGGAUCUCAGCAAGGUGGACACACAUUUCAUGAAGAAGAUCCCCACUGGUGCAGAAGCUUCUAAUGUGCUGGUUGGGGAGCUGGACUUUUUAGAAAAGUCCAUCGUUGCAUUUGUUCGCCUGUCUCCUGCUGUACUGCUCACAGGGCUCACUGAAGUUCCCAUUCCCACUAGAUUUUUGUUCAUUUUGCUUGGUCCUGAUGGAAAAGCCCAACAGUACCAUGAGAUCGGUCGCUCCAUGGCCACCAUCAUGACCGAUGAGAUUUUCCACGAUGUUGCAUAUAAGGCCAAGGACAGAAGUGAUUUGUUGGCCGGUAUAGAUGAGUUUCUGGAUCAAGUGACAGUUUUGCCUCCAGGAGAAUGGGACCCUUCUAUACGCAUAGAACCUCCUAAAAGUGUCCCAUCACAGGAGAAAAGAAAGAUGCCAGGAGUGCCGAACGGAACAGGUGUUCCUGUUGAGGAAGAGCAGCAUGGAGAACACCAUGGACCAGAGCUGCAGAGAACAGGAAGGCUGUUUGGAGGACUGAUUCUGGAUGUGAAAAGAAAAGUUCCAUUUUAUUUGAGUGAUUUUAAAGACGGUCUGAAUUUGCAGUGUGUAGCUUCUUUUCUGUUUCUGUACUGUGCCUGUAUGUCACCUGUUAUCACGUUUGGAGGACUUCUGGGAGAGGCUACAGAAGGACGCAUUAGUGCCAUUGAGUCUCUUUUAGGAGCGUCUAUGACUGGAGUAGCAUACUCUCUGUUCGCUGGACAGCCGCUUACUAUACUGGGCAGCACUGGACCUGUCCUCGUGUUUGAAAAGAUUCUCUUCAAGUUCUGCAAAGACUACGAUCUCUCGUACCUAUCCCUGCGCACUUGUAUUGGUCUGUGGACUGCUUUCCUGUGUCUGAUUCUUGUGGCAACGGAUGCCAGCUCCUUGGUCUGUUACAUUACACGUUUCACAGAGGAAGCGUUUGCUGCACUGAUAUGUCUUAUCUUCAUUUACGAAGCACUAGAGAAACUUUUCCAUCUUGGAGAACUGUACCCAAUCAACAGACAUGCCGAUCUAGACAAACUAACACUGGCCUACUGUAGGUGUGCAGAGCCUGAUAACCCCAGUAAUAAAACACUAGAACUGUGGAAUCAGAGGAACAUCACAGCCUCUGCAGUGCCAUGGAGCAACUUCACUGUAUCGGAGUGUUUAGAUCUCCAGGGGCAGUUUAUUGGAUCGGCGUGUGGACACCAUGGUCCCUACACUCCUGAUGUGCUCUUCUGGUCAUCCAUCUUGUUUUUUAGUACCUUUUUCCUGUCUACCUUCCUGAAACAGUUCAAGACUAGCAGAUACUUCCCAACACGGGUACGGUCAAUGAUCAGUGAUUUUGCUGUGUUCCUCGCCAUUGUUCUUAUGGUCCUGAUGGAUUAUUUAAUUGGAGUUCCAUCCCAAAAAUUACAAGUGCCCAGCAAAUUCAAGCCCACGCGUGAUGACCGUGGUUGGUUUAUUAACCCUAUCGGCCGAAACCCAUGGUGGACUGUGCUGGCUGCCUUAAUACCAGCUCUUCUCUGCACCAUCCUCAUCUUCAUGGACCAACAGAUCACCGCCGUCAUAAUAAACCGCAAGGAACACAAACUGCUAAAAGGCGGCGGGUACCAUUUGGAUCUUCUGAUGGUUGGAGUGAUGCUGGCUGUAUGUUCCAUCAUGGGGUUACCCUGGUUUGUUGCAGCAACCGUCCUGUCAAUUACCCAUGUCAACAGCCUGAAGCUAGAGUCUGAAAGCGCAGCCCCCGGAGAGCAGCCUCGAUUUCUGGGUAUUAGAGAACAGAGGCUGACUGGUUUGUUCAUUUUUCUACUCAUGGGCUGCUCUGUGUUCAUGACUGGAGCAUUACAGUUCAUUCCCAUGCCAGUUCUCUAUGGUGUUUUUCUUUAUAUGGGCGUUUCAUCUCUGAAAGGCAUUCAGUUUUUUGACCGUCUGAAGUUGUUUGGCAUGCCAGCGAAGCACCAACCAGACUUUAUUUAUCUACGUCAUGUUCCUCUGAGGAAGGUUCACCUGUUCACUCUGACCCAACUUACCUGCCUUGUGUUGCUCUGGGUCACCAAAACUUCCCCUGCUGCAAUCGUCUUCCCUAUGAUGGUGCUGGCAUUAGUGUUCAUCCGUAAGCUGCUGGACUUCUGUUUUUCCAAACGGGAGCUUAGCUACCUUGAUGAUCUGAUGCCUGAGAAUAAGAAGAAGCUGGAUGAUGAUUCCAAAAAGGCAGAGGAGCAGGAAUCACAGGAGAUGCUGGUUGAUGACUCUGAGAAAUUAGAAGACAAAAACACAGUGAAGAUCCCCAUGGAGAGCAAACCUCUACAAUCACCUCGAACCCCAGACCCCAGGACUGAUCCCUCUGAUAUUAACAUAUCUGAUGAAAUGUCUAAAACUACUGUAUGGAAAUCCCUCAAUUCCAAUCACAAGGACACACAAAGCUCAAACACAAAUAAAAAGGAGGUUCCGUGAAGUAACCCCACAGAAAGAAGAAAUUACGUUCUUAGCGUCGGUUGUUUGAAAUUCAGCUGACUUAAAAAAGCAGCCAUGUGCUAAAAACACACAGAUAUUAGUUCACUCCUUUCCACUGUUUCUCACACACAUGCGAUCACACAC